GGGCCGCCUGCGCAGCUAUGGAGGAGGAGCUGAAGUGCCCUGUGUGCGGCUCUCUGUUUCGGGAGCCCAUCAUUCUGCCCUGUUCUCACAACGUCUGCCUGCCUUGUGCUCGCACCAUCGCGGUACAGACUCCGGACAGCGAGCAGCAUCUACCCCAGCCGCUCCUGCACUCCCGGGGCUCGGGGCUACCCGCGGGUGCCGCCGCUGCACCUCCUUCGGACUACGACCCGGUGGCUGGCCCAGCUUGCAGCGGCGGUGGCGGGAGCGCAGCUGGAGGCCUUAGCGGCAGUGGCAGUGGCGGAGGUGCAGGAGGUGGGGGAGACCACGCGGACAAGCUGAGCUUGUACAGCGAGACAGACAGCGGCUAUGGCUCCUACACUCCAAGCCUCAAGUCCCCCAACGGGGUUCGUGUGCUGCCCAUGGUGCCUGCGCCACCUGGCUCCUCCGCCGCUGCGGCCCGGGGCGCCGCUUGCUCCUCGCUGUCCUCGUCUUCCUCAAGCUCCAUCACGUGCCCGCAGUGCCACCGUAGCGCCUCCCUGGACCACCGCGGCCUGCGAGGCUUCCAGCGGAACCGGCUGCUGGAGGCCAUCGUCCAUCGCUACCAGCAGGGCCGCGGGGGCUCACCAGGGGCGUCCGCUGUUGCGGCCGUGGCCAUCUGCCAGUUGUGCGACCGCACCCCGCCGGAGCCAGCCGCCACGCUCUGCGAGCAAUGCGACGUACUCUACUGCGCUGCCUGCCAGCUUAAAUGCCAUCCGUCCCGAGGACCCUUCGCUAAGCACCGCCUGGUGCAGCCGCCGCCGCCGCCAGCUCCAGCCGAGACUGCUGCUGUGCCCCCUGGCGCUGCCCAGGGCGCCCCCAGCGGAGGCGACGGCUGCAAGAGCCCGGGAGGCGCCGGGGCGACAGGGGGCAGCGCGGCCCGCAAAUUCCCCACGUGCCCGGAGCACGAAAUGGAGAACUACAGCAUGUACUGCGUGAGCUGCCGAACCCCUGUGUGCUACCAGUGCUUAGAAGAGGGCCGGCACAGCAAACACGAAGUGAAGCCUCUGGGAGCCAUGUGGAAGCAGCACAAGGCACAACUAUCUCAGGCCUUAAAUGGAGUUUCCGACAAGGCAAAAGAAGCUAAGGAGUUUCUGGUUCAGCUCAAGAAUAUACUGCAGCAGAUCCAGGAAAACGGACUAGACUAUGAAGCCUGCCUAGUUGCUCAGUGUGAUGCCCUGGUUGAUGCUUUAACUCGGCAGAAAGCCAAACUGCUCACCAAGGUUACUAAAGAGAGGGAGCACAAGCUGAAAAUGGUUUGGGAUCAGAUCAAUCACUGCACAUUGAAGUUGCGCCAGUCAACAGGGCUGAUGGAGUAUUGCCUGGAGGUGAUCAAGGAGAAUGACCCCUCUGGGUUUCUACAGAUCUCGGAUGCCCUGAUCAAGCGUGUCCAGGUGUCUCAGGAACAGUGGGUGAAAGGCGCCCUGGAGCCCAAGGUGUCAGCGGAGUUCGACCUGACUUUGGACAGUGAGCCACUGCUGCAGGCCAUCCACCAGCUGGACUUCAUCCAGAUGAAAUGUAGGGUGCCGCCAGUCCCGCUGCUGCAGCUGGAGAAGUGCUGCACCCGCAACAACAGCGUCACGCUGGCCUGGAGGAUGCCGCCUUUCACUCACAGCCCCGUGGAUGGUUACAUCCUGGAGCUAGAUGACGGCGACGGCGGGCAGUUCCGGGAAGUGUAUGUUGGCAAGGAGACCCUGUGCACCAUUGAUGGCCUUCAUUUCAACAGCACAUACAAUGCCAGGGUCAAGGCCUUCAACUCAUCAGGUGUCGGGCCUUACAGUAAAACAGUUGUUCUGCAGACAUCUGACGUGGCCUGGUUCACAUUUGACCCCAACUCUGGCCACCGAGACAUCAUUUUGUCCAAUGACAACCAGACAGCCACCUGCAGCAGCUAUGAUGAUCGAGUGGUCCUGGGCACAGCUGCAUUCUCCAAGGGUGUGCAUUACUGGGAGCUGCACGUGGACCGGUAUGACAAUCACCCUGACCCUGCCUUCGGGGUCGCCAGGGUCAACGUGGUCAAAGACAUGAUGCUAGGCAAGGACGACAAGGCCUGGGCCAUGUAUGUGGACAACAACCGCAGCUGGUUCAUGCAUUGCAACUCCCACACCAACAGGACAGAAGGUGGAGUAUCCAAAGGGGCCACGGUUGGUGUGUUGCUGGAUCUGAACAAGCAUACCCUGACCUUCUUCAUCAAUGGGCAGCAGCAGGGCCCCACAGCCUUCAGUCAUGUUGACGGGGUCUUCAUGCCAGCCCUCAGCCUCAACCGCAAUGUGCAGGUCACCUUGCACACAGGAUUGGAAGUGCCCACAAACCUUGGGCGGCCCAAGUAG